UUAAGAUAUUUAAAAUGUCUUCUUUGGCUCGUUGUCUCGAAGAAGUUUAUUUGCUUACUCCACAUAUGCACAUGAUUUACACGGUCAAUCGCUGACACUGAGUUAAAUUGCAGACAACUUCACAAGUUCUAUCAUGUUUCUUAGCGUCUUCCAAAAAUUAAAAACGUAAUUAGUUCACUGAGGUUAGGUCAAAUUUGAAAUAUACGCAGUUUUGUGUGAUGUCGAAAGUUUGUCUUUCUCAUGUUUGGGGGAAAAAACUAGGAACUGGAAAUGCUUUUGAUGAGGAUAAAUAAUGUUGCUAGCAACUUUUUACGAAAUAUAUAAUUUGGAUGAUUCAAAGAAACUUGGCAGUAGUUUGCAUACGUUAUGCCAUUUAUUGGAGAAGAAUUUAAUCAAGACAGUUGAUUCUAUCCAUACAAAAUGAACGGAUUUGGAGAUGAACAACACACCACAGACUGGAGUUUUGAUGGGGUAAACCCCCGAUACCAUAACCAAUCCUAUAUCAAUGGGGACAGGUGGUCCUCAACCAACACUUCCGAAUUUCCUCCUAUUAAUCGUCCACGCCUGGUUAAGAUAGUCAGUUUCUGGCUUACCCUGCUUCUGGUUGGUCUUAUUUGUGCCAUUAUCUACUUGGCACAUAUUCGAGAAACCAAGACUCGCUAUUAUAUUUCACAUGGAAAGCUGGCUAUUCUACAGGAGUAUUCAACAGCUCUUGGUAACAAGGAAUCGAUGGAAUAUAAAUCACUAACUGCCAGUUUUUGCAGUGAGAUGGAUAAGUCAUUCAGGAGCAGUCGUUUACAUACAAAAACCUAUCGGAUGUGCAUUGUUACGAAUCUAAGGCCAGGUAGUGUGAUUGUGACUUUUACGUUAUACUUUGACGCUACAGUCGAUUUGUCGGAUACGGAAGUGAUAAAGACCAUCAAUAAUUCCGUACAGCAUAUUGGCUCCAAAAACAUGCUGGGGAACUAUCCCAUCGACAUAAAUGGAAUCUCUAUUACUACCACAUUAACACUUUAUGAACAGGACCCGAUACCAUUUCUAGAACCUGACAGUGAUUUUAUUAUACCACCAACAACUAAGCAAACUACUCCAUCGACAACAGUGACGUCAACAUCAACUAUUCCGGCAACAGUAACAACAGCUAUAUCUCCAGCAGACACAACUGAGACAAAAUCGACGACAACGUCGUCAACAGAAACAACCAAAGUAACAACGGUGAUGAUUCAGCCAAUCACGAAGACAACUAAAUCAACUACGACUAUGCCAAUGACAACAACUGCUGAAACAACAACUUAUUCCCAUACAGAAGCAAUUACUACUUUGUUAACCUCGACAACAGAACCAAAAACAACGACGACGUUGCCUUCCACAGUAACAACUAAACUGACGACAACUAUACCGCCUACGACAACAACUGAAGGUACAACGUCAUCACAUACGUCUCCUACCACAACAAUAACGCCGUCAUUGGCACCAACAGUAACAACAAAACCGACAACUACCAUUGAAUUACCCACAUCCACUCAGGAUACAAAAGCAACUACUUUUGUUCCAACCAUAACCACUGAAGCAACCACGUCAACGAAUUUGCCACCAUCAUCAACUACGAAGGCGACAACUCUUACUCCAUUUACUUCAUCAACUGAAGCCAAAACAACAACGAUAAUGUCACUUAUCACAACAGAAGCUACGGCCUCUCUGUCACCAACAACUGAAACGAAAACUACAACAACAGAAGCGAAAACAACAACGACUUUUUCACCUUCGACAAGAACCGAACAAACAACGCCAACAGUAACAUCUGAAGUAACAACAACGGAGACAGGUUCACCAGCCGUAACAACUGAAGAAACAACCGUGAAGAACACAACAAGAGAGGCCACAACCAGCAAGGAUACCACUGAGGCAACCGUUACAAACACAACCAGCGAGGAUACAACUAGAGAAGUCACGACCGAAGCAACCACAGCAAGUACAACCGCCGCAGCAGCUACAAACACAACUAGAGAGGACAUAACGACAGCAUUGUUUACAAAUACAACUAACGACGUCACUACAGAAAAUACUAUUACAAUGACAACUAGCGAGUUCACGACUGGUAUAACUCUAAACACAACUACAGAAUACACAACUGAGCCAGCCGUUACUAACACAACUAAAGAAUACACAACUAAGCCAACUGUUUCAAACACAACUAAUGAAUUCACAACUGAGCCUACAUUUACAAACAUAACUAGAGAAGAUACAACCGUUGUUAAUUCAAGCGGUGACACGACCGGAACAUCCAGUAUUGCUACAACGGUUUCCCCAUUUACUGCCGAUGUAAAGUUCUCGAGCAAAAACAUCCUUGCCAGGGAAGAUACAACGUUAGAAUGCGUUAUUACAGUUACAGAUCAAUGGAAGAAAGUAACUAUCAAUCAAGAAACUGAGACAGACUUUGUAUUUCUAGCUGAGUUUUACAGUAAUGGUUCUGUGUUUUCCCAAGUUACAAGUGAAUUCCUGUCUGUGGUUUUUAAACAAGAUAACGAAACGAUUGAAACCAUUAUACAUAUAAACAUUCAAAACUCGAGUUCAUGUCCGUCAUUACUUCAUUUUGGCUGUGGAAUAAUAAUGGAGGAUACAUUUAAAUCUGUUAUAACAAAAACUAGCGUAUUGUCCAUCACAGCACCUCUUCACAAUGUAACUCUGGAUAUGGCUAAUGUAUACUACAGUGGGGAAAGAUUAGAGCUGAUCUGCCGGACGAUCACAGACUUUGAAUAUGGAGACGUUGCUUUGGAGGUCCGGUCUCCGAACGGUUCAGUUUUCAAAGAACCUGCUCCGAGAACCAAGUAUGCAUCAACAAGGAACAGUGAUUGUUCCGUGAACUUUGAGUGGAUGUUUAAAAGUGGAAUUUCUUUGGAUUCAUCUCUGAAUGGAUCGACAGUGUGGUGCAUUGCAUCUAACAGACUCUUAAACACAUCUGUCUCCACGUCACAAUUGAUCACCGUUUUGGUGUCAGAGGUGUCGUUUUCACAAUAUUACGUGUCUGAUUCAGUAGGAAAACCGGUGACGAUUGAAUGCAAAACGAACACUCUAUCGUCAGACAUUGACAAGAUGGCCGUGUAUAAAACAUUCAAUGGCACAAAUGAAACGAUUGCUGUAUAUUCUAACGGAAAUACAAAUAGUAGCUCAGAUCUUAUAGCGACAUUUCUGGAUGGAGUUCUGACCUUGACGCUCUCAAGUCUAAAGUGUAACGACGAAGGAUUAUAUAUUUGUAUUGUAACAACUGGAAAUUCAGAAGUGUCUUCACCUCUCUUCCUAACUUUGCAACCAACAGUUUUAGCUGGAUCCACGGGUGUCUCCAUGUCUCUUAACAUUGACAUUGUGGAGAACACUUAUCGUUAUACAUCGGAACACUCCUGCUUUGGAGAGAUAGGAUACCCGGAUGCAAGUGGUUACCUGUCUUUGACCGCCACUCAUCCAACCAGUGGUGAGACUGUUGUUUACAAUGAAGAGGUCGUUACGGACACAAUGAAAGUCAAAACUGCAGUUGGAUCAAACAUUUAUGAUUAUGGUGUGACUCUCGCAAAUGAUUUUGUGAUUCUAAUUAGGGAAGAUAGAAAGGUGCAGGAAAAUUGCUCUACCAUACACAAAGUGAGGUUCUUUCUCAAUGUUUCGAGAGAGUGGAGCAGGGGAAGUUUAAAAUGCGAGAUUCGGACAAAGGAAGAACGGAUACCUACGAGCGUAAAAGAGGAACAAUUUUAUGUUAUUCCCAGCGAUGCUUGUAAUAACAACAACAAAACGACCCCAUUUAAUCUUGAUCAUGAAAGACAAGACAACUGUAACACCUAUAUACGGUGUGGUAGAGGAGAACCACCUGAAGGGAAAACGUGUCUAGAGCCAACUCUCUGUAUGGACGUCCAGAUAGGCUACUGUGACGACUGUGAACGAGCCACAUGUAGAGAGAUUCGAACAACAACAGAUACUCCCACGACUGAAUCCAUGCAAGGAAAUGGGUAUUUUGACUGUAAUUCAUCGUACGUAUACGAAGGAGAAACCGCAAAUAUCGGUUGCAACUUAAAUACGACUUCAUUCUUUUCUAUCAAUGUGACGAGAUUGAAUUCAACCAUUGCGUCCAUACUAGCGGACGGAAGCGUUAUUGUCCACUCUGAGUACCAAGGUAAACUGACUGCCAUACUUUCCCUCGCUUCAUUGCGUCUUAGUAUCACCCUCUCAUCAGUGAUAUGUUCGGACUCUGACACGUACACGUCAAAAAUGUAUCUACGCUCAGGAGAUGUUCCUUUUACAACCUUCAAAGUUAUUAUGAAAGUUAAACCGGAAAAUCCUUCGCUUACACUUGAUCAUAGCCUAAUUGAUGGACAAAACUUGAAGUCCCACAGUUGCACUGGUUAUGUAGGAAAUCCACCAGGAUUUCUGGAAAUCCAGAUUAAGCGUUUUAGUUAUUCCAACUUUACGAAGUACAGUACACCACUACAAAGAAUAUCCAGCUCUCUGGUGGACGCAGGAAAUUGCAGCUUUAGGCAAACAUUAAACUUUUCAAUAGAUCUUACAUCAGAUAGUUGGAGCAAUGUGACGAUGAGAUGUGUAGCAGUCAAUCGAGUGUCUUUAGAGGUCACUGACGUGGUCCCAAGUUCUUUUCUGUUUUCAGUGACGAGUAUAACAAGCGACUUCUGUAAGAACAAAACUGCAGACUAUUUCGACUAUCACCCCAUGGGCUGUCCCUUCUACGUCCGAUGUUACAGAGGAACACCAUAUAGCAAGGAGUGUCAAAAAGAUCUGUGCAUAAAUCCAGAAAUAAAAGCAUGUGUUUAAAAUAGACUGAGUACAUUGAAUCUACCAAAAAUGAAUACAUGUGCUUUAAAAGUUCGGUCGAUAUACUAGCUAGAUGAGUUAUGGUUUUGACCUUGUAUUGUAAUGUCUGUUUAUCUAUUGUAUAUUUCAGUAGUUGUUGUCCAAUAUUUCCUAACACAUGCAUAAACAGGGGUAUUUUUGGUAGUUGAUUUUAAUCAACUUUCC